CUCUUCACCUAUCCGGCUAUUACCCACCUUCUCUCCCCUGCAUUUUCGAUUUUGUCCGAACAGAGAACCUUUCCAAAACGAUAACAGACUCCCCCGAUCUCUCUCCGUCCCUAUAUUUUCUCUUUUUUUUUUUCAACUUAUUUCUACACAUUUUUGGGUUGAUUUUAGCCAUGGAUUCCAGGGAUCACGCCGUUGAUGACCUUUUCUCAUCGUUAAACUCAUCGCCCGCAAGUCCUCAAAUAAAUAUUGGUAGCAAUUCGCCCAAUUUGAUUAGUUUCGAUGACGACGGUGAAGAAGAUUGUGAUAACACCACUACCACUAGUAAACCCCUUAUGGUUUUUGAUCGGUUCUACGACUCUUCAUCGGAAGAUGGGCUUUACUCAACUGGAAGUGGCGGUGGUGGUAGUACUGGUGGUGAUAAUUCUCUAGUGCAGGCCGCUGGAAAUCGUCUGGAUUACAUGAUGCAGUAUCUAGACCGGAAGCUAUUGUCAGUGGAUGGAAAGGAUAAUGAACUUAAGCAGGCGUUACCGGAGAUCAUAGGUAGUGGUGGAGGGCGUGGGAUGUUUAAGUUACCGAUUAGGGCUGCCGUACAUCCUGGCCGGCCACCGAGUCUCGAAUUGCGGCCCCAUCCACUUAGGGAAACACAGGUUGGAUGUUUCCUAAGGAUAUUGGAGGGGACAGCGGAUGGGGGGCAGUUAUGGGCGGGAUCUGAGCGCGGUGUUCGGGUGUGGGAUAUGAAGGAUAUGUAUGCCGCAGGGAUAGGGGAAGAGAACGAUGAGGCGGAGGUACCGUUUCGUGAGUCAGUGAAAACGUCGCCUACGUUGUGUUUGGUGGUUGAUGACGGGAAUAGGGUGGUCUGGAGUGGGCAUAAGGAUGGUAAGAUUAGGUGUUGGAAAAUGUAUCAACCUUCUGAUGAAAUCGAGGUUCCUUUUAGAGAGUGUCUUUCAUGGCAGGCUCAUCGUGGACCUGUUCUAUCGAUGGUCUUCUCCUCCUAUGGUGAUCUAUGGUCUGGAUCCGAGGGUGGUGCAAUAAUUGUGUGGCCUUGGGAAUCCCUUGAAAAGGCUCGAUUGUUAACAACAGAGGAAAAACACAUAGCUUCUUUGACAGUUGAGAGGUCAUACAUUGAUCUCAAGAACCAAGUUACUUCAAAUGGCAUCUCCUGUAGUAUACUUGCAGCAGAUGUUAAACAUCUGUUAUCUGAUCAUUCUGGGGCAAAAGUUUGGAGUUCAGGGCCUCUGUCAUUUGCAUUGUGGGAUGCAUACACAAGAGAGUUGUUAAAAGUGUUCAAUAUCGAUGGCCUAGCUGAAAAUUUGACAGCAAUACAGGACCUGACACCAGAAGAAGAAGCAAAGAUGAAAUUUGCAUCUUAUCCCAAAAAAGAAAAACCACAAACCACAAUUAGUUUCUUUCAACGUUCACGUAAUGCAAUCAUGGGAGCAGCUGAUGCUGUUCUUCGUGUUGCAGCCAAAGGAGCUUUCUUUGAAGAUAACCGCAGAAUCGAAGCAUUAAUCAUAACAACUGAUGGAAACAUCUGGACAGGAUCUGCAAAUGGAGUAAUCAUAAAAUGGGAUGCAAAUGGAAACCGAUUACAAGAAUUCCAAUUUCACCCUCAUCCCAUUCGAUCUUUAUGUACAUUCGGGUUACGGAUAUGGAUCGGGUAUACAAGCGGGUAUCUACAUGUAAUGGAUCUUGAUGGUAAUUUACUUGGAGAGUGGGUUGCUCACAAGACUCCUAUCAUUGACAUGGCUAUUGGGCCAGGCUAUAUCUUUACAUUGGCCAAUGACGGAGUGACACGUGGAUGGAGUAUUUCCUCCCCUGGACCCCUUGAUACCAUAUUACGUUCAGAGUUAUCUCGCAAAGAAUCACAAUACACAAAAUUAGAAAAUUUUAGAAUCUUGGCUAGUACAUGGAAUGUAGCAGAAGGAAGAGCAACACAAGAUUCUCUUAUAUCAUGGGUUGGGUCUGCAGUCAAAGAUGUUGACUGUGUUGCAGUUGGGUUGCAGGAGGUUGAAAUGGGUGCUGGGUUUCUUGCAAUGUCUGCUGCUAGAGAAACUAUGCAGGUAGGUCUUGAGGGAAGCUCUGCUGGACAAUGGUGGUUGGACAUGAUUGGGAAAACCUUGGAUGAAGGUUCAAGUUUUUAUCGUGUUGGUUCUCGACAGCUGGCAGGCAUGCUGAUUGGAGUGUGGGUGAGGAACAAUAUUAGAAGUAACGUUGGAGAUGUUGAGUUGGCAGCAGUUCCAUGUGGAUUUGGAAAUGCUAUUGGUAAUAAGGGAGGAGUUGGAUUGAGGAUGAGAAUCUAUGGGCGGAUUAUUUGUUUUGUGAACUGUCACUUUGCUGCACAUCUGGAUGCUGUUAACAGACGUAAUGCUGAUUUUGAUCAUGUAUACAAAACAAUGUCGUUCACCCGUCCAUCAAAUCUUCUGAACACAACAUCAGCUGCUGGAGUCACUUCCAUGGUUCGUAUUGCAAAUGCUAUGGGUAGCCUGUCUGUCGAUGAGUCACCAGAGCUAUCUGAAGCUGACAUGGUUGUCUUUUUAGGCGACUUUAAUUAUCGGCUUGAUGAUAUAUCGUAUGAUGAAGCACGUGAUUUUAUCUCUCAAAGAAGCUUUGAUUGGCUUAGAGAGAAAGAUCAAUUACACAUGGAAAUGAAAGCCGGAAGUGUUUUUCAAGGAAUGCGUGAAGCUGUUAUCACAUUUCCACCUACAUACAAAUUCGAAAGGCAUCAACCUGGUUUAGCAGGUUAUGAUUCGGGCGAAAAAAAACGUAUUCCCGCAUGGUGUGAUCGAAUCCUGUAUCGUGACAGCCGUCUAGAUUCAUCAGACACAUGCAAUCUAAACUGUCCUGUAGUUUCUUCAGUUUUACAGUAUGAAGCUUGCAUGGAUGUGACAGAUAGUGAUCAUAAGCCUGUGCGAUGCAUCUUUAACGUGGAGGUGGCUCGAGUGGACGAGCCAAAAAGAAGAAAAAUAUUUGGAGAAAUUAUAAAAUCCAAUAAGAAAAUAAGAAAUAUUCUGAAAGAACAAAACAAUGUUCCGGAUGCCAUUAUGAGUACAAACAAUAUAAUUCUUCAAGACGAUGAUAAAUCAAUCUUACGAAUCACCAAUAAAUGUGGGGAAGACAAAGCUUUAUUUAGAGUUAAAUGUGAAGGUCAAUGCACCAUUAAAGAUGGAAAACAAGAAUCCGAUCACCAGCCAAGAGGCUCUUUUGGUUUUCCACGUUGGCUUGAGGUGAAACCAACGAGUGGUAUAAUAGAACCGAAUCAUAUAGCUGAGAUAUGUGUACAUCAUCAAGGAUAUGAAACUAUGGAGGAAUAUGUGGAUGGUGAAGCUCAAAAUAGUUGGUGUGAAGAUGUGCGUGAUAAGGAAGUUAUGUUGAUGGUGGAAGUGAGGAGGGGAAGCUGUACAGUUGAGAAAAAAUGUCAUAGGGUUCGUGUCAGGCACACACAGAGCUUGUCUGGCAGGUCUAUGCCUAUGGAACCCAAAUAUGAGGAGUUGAACCGGGUCCAUGGGAAUGUGCUUCACCGGGCUGAUGCUAAGUGGCUCAGUGGUUCACGUGAUGUGGUUGACCAUAUACGAGAUCUUCAUACCCCUUGAACUUAUUUUGGUCCAAACAGGGCUUUUUUUUUUUUUUUUUUUUUUU